GUGGGACACAGUCCUUCGGUGAUGCUAGCGCAAAACAGUAAAACAAGUGAUAAGAGUGAAAUUGUUCCUUAUUUUCUUUUUCCAUUUUCCAUUUUUCAAUUAUUUUUUAUUUUCCUUAAAUUGAGAAACGAAUUCAAGCGAACGAAUCCCAGAAUUCAAAGUCAGUCUUUAGAAAGCCAGGUUCAGAAAAAGAACUCUGCUGCUGUUUGUCCUUUCGUCAACGACGACGUCGUCGCACAGAUUAAGGGAAAGCUUACCCUUUUCCCAAUAUUAAUUUAAUCCAUUUUCCUAUUUUUUUUUAUUUUUCCUCCGAGUUAAUUUUUUUAACGUCAGUACAUUCCCACACCUUGAGGCGAAGGAGGUAUUUUAUUUCUAUUUGAAAAAUCCGUCAUCCUUUUCAAAGCUUCACAAGUAUCAGAAGUGGGAUUUUUUUAAAGAAAUUUUAAUUUUCUUUAAACUAUAAAAGUUUCCUCAAUUAAAUUUUCCCCAUAACUCGAGCUAAAAACCUAGACCUUUUUUUCUUUCUCCCAUCAUCAUCAGAGUCAACCCUAACCAACCCAACCCGACUCGACCCGACCUACUAAACUUUGCCCUUUUUUCCCUGAUUUUACUUUCGUUCGCAUUUCAAAAUUGGGUGCAUCCUAGAUUUUUCAUUUUUUUAGUUAUUGAGUGAGUUACUGUUACUGUUGUUGUUGUAGUUGUUUGUUGCGUCGCGACUUUUUAAAAUAACGAUUUCAUAAAUAAUUCAGUUUUCUGAGUGAAACAUUUUUGCAAAAAAAUUCAUUUAUGUCCGAAUUGCGUCGUGGAAAAUGGAUUAAGUUCAAAGGAAGUUCAUGUAAAUUUGAGGUGACGCAACGUCAUGGCAAGAAAUGUACAGAAUAAUGGAAGAACCUGGAACCGUUGCAACUGGGAUGUAACACCGCUAAAGCUUAUAACUGUUGCAUUUCUAUUGUCCCAAGGAUAUGUGGCUAAUGGCGAAGGAAAUGUCGGAUGUCAUUUUGUAAAAACUCUAUGCUUGGAAGGAGCUGAGGUCUGCUACGAUGAUAACAUCUUUGGAAAGUGCCUGCCGACCACAGGCGUUGAACCAGAGGACAUUGAUAAACAACCUUUAACCGAAGAACAAUCUCGCAUCUUGGCAACUAUGCUGGAAGAGAUGCAGGGAGCCGGUUUGGGUUGGGAUCAUCCUUUCGUUCAAUGCCGCAUCCAGGGUGCCUUGUUCUCUUUGCAACGCGACACCCCAUUGCCACCGAACUUGUGUGCCAAUUUAGCUCCUGAUCCAGAGAUUCUUGGUGGUCAGGGUCAGAUGGCGUUUGUUCGGUUUGCCCCACCAAGCGAGGACUAUGCCGAAGAGGUGUUCUUCCCGCCGCCUAAGAAACAAUCUUAUUUCGAACCCAAUGCCAACAGGAAUCAUCGGCUAAGAGCUCCAGGUUUUGAGUACUCCAACUCACCCAAAGAAUUGGAGUACCUGCGACCUAAGCAGAGUCCAAUGGAUCUGGAAAUGGAACGUGAACGGGAAAGAAUCCUCUUGGAAGAUCAAAGGCGGAAGGAAGUCGUGGAUCGCUUACGUGCUCUGCAGACUGAAAUCCAGCUAAAGAACCUCCUGGCGGGAUCUGCUCCCAAAGCAAACUACCCCAACGAUGAAUUGGUCUACUUGGGUCCACCAUCAGCCGCUGGCAAUGAUCCUAGCUCAGUACCGGGAUCCUACUUCAGGGAAAAUUUCGGACCGGUCAGGGAGAACUGGCCUGUGGAGGAAUCCCGAAUGCCCUUCAAGCGAAUGGAUACCCUUAGCAGAGAUGAUGAAGUUAUGCUAAAUACGAAUAUCUACCCCGUUCAGCAGCCCAAGAAAGCCGAAGGUGUUUACACGGAAGGUGGAUUGGUAUUCAUGCCGGACCGCAAUCGUUUCGAUAUGUCUCAUCUGGGGAAGGAAAAAGCCCGUGAGUUGUUGGCCAACAUGCUUGGUUUUACUCGUCACGAACGUUUGGAUGUCAAGAAACCCGGACCAAUUGUAGGACCACCGCCUUCAGUGCAUUCUGCAACCGAAAAGCCAUCAGGUAAAGAAUCUAAGACAACAGACAAGGCUGAGAAUAAGGAAGUCCUCCCGGAGCAUAUCAAGGGUGAAGGCACGACAAAGAAGAAGAAAGUGGUCAAGGAUCAUUCGGAUGAAGAUCAUGCACCGCACUCGGUAGACACCGAGUAUGCGCAUGUUUUCGUCAAAAACCCAGUUGACAGCUGGAGUGAUGGAGUCCGAAUUGUGAACGAACUGGCCAAUAUUCUUCACAUGCGAGGAUUUUUCAACUAUUUGACGGUCCAUCCACAUGAAGUCUCUUUCCGAGUUGAUUCGAACAAUCCUGAGAAAAAGAAUGCUACCGACAUUGCUCGAGCUAUCAAUGAUGCUCGCGUUAAGAACAACAUCCUUCGUCGACUUGGUGUGACAGUUGUUCGGGCCGGAGUUGGUGAUAAAAUCAAGGCCGAUGAAGACGGAAGUGUUUCUUCGUCACGCAUUGAAAUCGCCGAAGAAGGACCCGAUGUAACUCAUAUCAUGGCUUAUAUGUUCGCCGGCGCCGGAGCUGCUGCAGUUAUCGUGAUCUUUGUGACGCUGAUAUUAAUUCGACGUCACGAUAAGAAACGCGACAAACUUGGUGGUCUUCAGUCGGGCAUUUCAGGAGCUGAGAGUUGCAGUAAGGAUUAUCAGGACCUCUGCCGUUCUCGAAUGUCAGGAAAAGGAAAUACAGCGGAACCAGCAGCCAGUGGUAGAAUAACAUCGCUUGCUAAGGAAAACGAUCGUCCUCCAUCGUCAAGGUCCAGCACCUCGUCAUGGAGUGAGGAACCAGCGCUAACGAAUAUGGACAUUUCUACAGGACAUAUGGUUCUAUCCUACAUGGAAGAUCAUCUCAGGAACAAGGGACGCUUGCAGCGUGAAUGGGAAGCUCUCUGCCGCUAUGAAGCCGAACCAAGUGCCCGAGAUGCCGCUCUUCAACCACAGUGUGCAACCUUGAAUCGCAACGGAGCACCCCUGCCAUUCGAUCAUUCCCGAGUUGUGUUGAAUCAUCUGGCAAAUGCUGAGGGAUUGGACUAUAUCAAUGCAUCAACGAUUACUGAUCACGAUCCCAGGGCACCAGCUUAUGUUGCAGCACAAGGUCCGCUACCAACGACACUGGCACACUUCUGGCAAAUGAUUUGGGAACAAGGAGCUGUAGUGAUUGUUUCGCUGUGUCGUCUCCAAGAAAAUGGUGAAGUGGCAUGUGCAAGGUAUUGGCCAGAAGAGGGCGCUGAGGUUUAUCAUAUCUAUGAGGUCCACUUAGUAAGUGAACACAUUUGGUGUGAUGAUUACCUUGUCCGCUCGUUCUACCUUAAGAACCUCCGCACCAGCGAAACACGAACUGUUACACAAUUCCACUUCCUAUCAUGGCCACAAGGUGGAGUACCUGCAUCGGCAAAAGCGCUAUUGGACUUUAGAAGAAAAGUAAAUAAGUCGUACCGCGGUCGAUCAUGUCCCAUUGUUGUCCAUGGAAGUGCUGGUGCAGGUCGAACAGGAGCCUAUAUCCUGCUCGAUUUAGUCCUAGGUCGUAUGAAUAAAGGUGCCCGAGAAAUUGACAUUGCAGCGACAUUGGAACAUCUUCGAGAUCAACGUGCCGGCCUCGUAGCCACUCGCCAACAAUUCGAGUUCGUCCUUAUGGCAGUGGCCGAAGAGGUACAUGCUAUUUUGAAAGCUCUUCCCGCAAAUCAAGGUGAAAAGAGAGAACUUGAUAAGGAACAACAAUCGUUGAAGGAAGAAGAACCCGACGCUGUCGACGAGUCAACGGAAAAUGAUGAAUUGAUUAAAAAAGAAAAAGAACCUACGCCUGAGAAAACUAAAAAAUCCGACGACAAAAAGUAAAAACAACUUAUAUCUAAUUUCAAAAUUUUUAGUUUAUAUGUUUUUGAAAUGUUAUCUGAAUGAAAGAAAAUAGAAAUUUUAGUUAAGGACCUUUUUGUGAAGGCUCGAAAAUUUAGUUUUAUAGUUUAUUAUUUUCUAAUCAUCUAAUCUGUUUAUCACUCAACGAUUUCUAUCCAGCCAUUAACGUUGAGUGACCAACAAGAUUAUUGAUUUUUAUCACAAAAACAAAAGUUACACAAAAAAAAAACAAAAAUAUUCACUCAAAAUAAAAUUAAAUGUUAUACAAAAACAAAAAUAUUAAUAUUAUAGCUACAGUUUAUUAAUCAAUGUAUUAAGUUAAAAUAAAAACAAAAAAUUGGUACAGUUCAGUGUAAUUCAAAAUUAAAAAUUAAAAAAAAGAUACUGAGGUAAAAAUUUUAAAUUUUUCUUAGACAUAAGUUUAAAACAAAUUAAAAAAAAAGUUACAAAAAAUAUAUAAAUAGAUGUUUAACCUCUAAAAAAAAUAUAUUAUAAAUAUAUCUAUAAAUAUGUGUAUUCCAUAUCAACUAUCUCAAUGGAUGAAGAAAAUUUUUGUUGACGACACAAUUUGCAAUGCAUCAUGGAUAAAUGUUUAACGAUAAAUUAAAAUACAUAAAUAAAUUAACUAAAAAAAGUAUUGAAAAAAAAAAUAAACAAAAAAUGUAAUAAUAUACCAGAUUUUUAAGUUUUCUAUUUUCUUUACAAAACAAAAAUGAAUAUAAUUUUGUUGACGACACAAUGGCUUCGAAAUAAGGACUAUGAAAAUCUAGAAAAUAUUAAAAUAAAAUAGUUAAAAUAAUCAUUAUUAUAAUUUAUACAUUUAUAACUUAUUCAAAUAUACAUAAACAAAAAUUAAAAAAAAUUAUAUUCCACAUUAUUUUAUUACAGAAAAUAUUUAAUAAUUUAAAUUCUUUCGUGAUUUUUUAAUUUUUAGUUUUUAGUUUUUUAGUCAUCACGAUCGGCAGCUAUUAAUUAAAGUAAACAAAACAAACAAAUAAUUAAAUAUUUUCUGUACUAAAAACAAAACAAAAAAAAACAAAUGUUUGAUUGUAGAAAAUUUAAGAAAUCACAAAAAUAACAACAAAAAAAGAAAUUAAACUAAAGAAAAGAAGAAAAAACAUUUGUAUAUUUUUUAUUUGUCUCUCAUACACACACACAAAAACACAACACAAUACAACAACAAAAAUGAAACACAUAGUACAACACAUUUAUAUAAAUUUUUGUUUUUAUCACACAUUAAAACAACAACAAUUCUGAAUUUUUUAAAAAUAGAGAACAUUUAAAAUACUUCUCGACAAAUUUUGGUUUUGUGACAUAUUUUGUCAAAAAUGAUGUAACAAUACUGCAUUUAAGAGAAUUAUGAAUCUCUUAAUAAUAAAUAUAUAAAAUAAAAAUAUUUAAAAUAAAAAUAAAUUAAAGGAAAAAUCCCAUUCCUCAUAUAUAUUAUAUUAUAUUAUAUUAUAAUUAUUCUUUAAUGAUGGUGUAAAUUAAAAACAAAAUUUUAUGUUAAAAAAAAAACAAAACAAAAAAAAUAUAUUGAAAAGUCUUCAGCUUUCAUACAUAUUAAUUUAAAAGAAAACAUAAAAUCAUUCUUAUACAUUGAAAAAAAAAUACUAUAUAAAAUAUUAUUAUUAUAUAUCAAAAAAUAUUUAUAUAAAUGUAUAAACACAAAAAUUUUACUGUGAAUAUAUGAAUAAUAAUACAAACAAAAAAUUAAUCAAUUUAAAUGUUAUUUAAAGCAAAAAUAAAUAUACAACACAUAAAUAUUUAUAUUUAUUUUGUACAGUAGAUCAAAAUUUUGCACAAUAAAUUCCUAAACGACGGAUAAAUUUGCUUGCAAAAUUAAAACAAAAAUUAAAUAACAAAAAAUAAAAAAUAUUUAUGAUCAAGCAUUUUUAUUCUCUAAUCUCUUUAUAUCCUUAAACAAAAUUAUAUAUAAAAAUAUAUAUUCUUAUAUCUGUGUAUUAAUAUAUUUUUAAACAUAAUUUUUAUUGUGAAGAAAACAAAAACUUUACUAACUCUUUUCAAUGCCGCACAACAUCCUUAGAGCGUUUUUGAGUGUAAAGUUUUAUUAGAACUGCAAUCUUAUUAAAAAAACUAUGAAUUUAUUAAACAAAUUAUCAAACUUUGUAAAAUAUUUGCAAAAAAAAAACAAAGUAAUUAUAAAUUUAACAUUAAAAUAUUUUAUAAUGAUAAAAUAUUUUUUUUCUGCUCAAUGUAACAUUUGUUUCAUAUUUAUAAUUUUAUCAACAAAAGUAAACAAAAAAAAACAGGCCAACAAUAACAGCAAAAUAGAAAUACAUGUAAGUUAAAUAAAAUUAAAUUUAUUAAAGCAUUGAAACAAAAAUCACAAAAACAAAAAUACAAAUUAUGAAAAGCAUUGUACAUGAAUGAAUCAAAAUAAAAUGAACAAUUCUAGUCAGGGAAGGAAACCCAAACAAACUUUAUUAUAUUACAAGCAUAUUUUUAACAUAAAUAAAUUUAAAAAUAAAAAAAAAAAACAUAUAUAUAAAAUUAAUUUUUAACUAUAUUCAAGUUGCAAAAAAUAAAUAAAAUUAUUGCCGAUGUCCUUAUAUUAUUGUAGUUUGAAAAAAAAAAAUAUUUAAUAAUAUACAUUUACUUGCAAUAAACUCAUAAUUACUUAUCGAUGUCACAUACUUACUUAAGUAUAAAUGUAAAGUCAAUACAAAUUUUAGAUAUAAGAAAAAACAAAGAAAAACAAAAAAUUUAAGGAAGAAUACAACAAAAGAAAAACUUAUUUGGGGAGCCGAUUAAGAAUAAUAAAACUAAAUUACCUAAACAAAAUUAUUUUAUGCAAGGAAAUACCUGAAAGUCUUAAAGAACAAUUAUUUAUUUUAUGUAAUUUAUUCUAUACAAACAAACAAAAAAUUAAGAAAAAAAACAAACAAAAAAACUUGACUAUGUAUAUUUCAAGAAUAUUUAAAUAAAUGUUUAUCAACAAAAAAAAUAUAUUUAACAAAAAUAAUUUGAUUUGAUUUUAUUAUUUUUUGUUUGCUCUAAUAAAACAAAAGCAUUGAAAAGAAAGAAGUGAUUUGACAAAAAUAAUCUAUGACGAAGUGAAAAUAAUUAGGCCGUCAAAAAUACUCCUUUCUGAUGUAUUUUGACAGUUUUGACAAAUGUCAAAAUUCAAAAAUAAUAAAACAAAGGAUGGGAAAAUAUGGCUUUAAAUUAACAAUUGGCUUUUUUAUAUUUUUGUUUAAAUAUUAUCGUCAAUAAAAACGGGAAUAUGGCUUCGUUUGAGGCUUAACGAACUCCAAUACCAAUAAGAAUGAAUCUUUACGUACUUCUGAUGCAAAGUGUUAUCCAUAUUUGUCAUCAUCAAUAUAAGUUUGAUGAUUUCUUUACGUUUAAACAUUAACAUUUCCGAAAUUUAAGUUUAGGUUGUUAUCUCUGCUAAAUGUAUCAAAAUAUAUUACACAAUAUAUUUUGAUUAAUGACACCAAUUGAAUUAAUUGUGAUUAUUUAAUACAAUUAACAAUUUCUUCUUUCAUUUAAAUUACUUAGAAUACCAAAUUAGAAUUUAAUGUUUUAUUAAAAAUAGAGAAACCAAAUGUAUGAUCAGACAUGGUUUAUGUCUAUGAUAAAAAUCAAUUUUAAUAAUAAUUUUAAUUAUAAAUUGUUUAAGAAUGGGCAACACAUUGUGCCAAUAGAACAAACAAGACCUGCUUCAUUCAUGCGCAUUUCUGAACAAUUUUCUAAUAUUUGUAAUUUAAAAAAAAACUUGUUUCUUUAAAUUUGUGCAUUCGGAUUUCUAAAGUUCGAUACUUAAAAACUUUUUGAUUUAUUUUGUAUUGAACAAUAAAACUUAGAAUGCACAAAUUGCACGUUUUUAAAGGUGAACGAAUAAAUUAAUUUCAAUAAAUGUUUUAAUUUUUUGAUAAAUUGUUUACUUAGCUGUACGUGAUUUUCAAAAAAUAAGGAAUUGCAUUGAAAUUGAUUUCUUUUUGUUUUUUGGGAAAGUCAAAUUUAUGAUAGGAAAGUUUGAAAUUCUCAGAAAUAAAAAUUAUUUGUUUACUUUGGGAUUUUGUUCCUUUUUUGAAAAACGAUCGUUUACUUAACUGUACGUGUUCGUUUUUCGUGAUUUCUUUUUUUUAAUAUGAAAAUUUAUCAGUUUUUUGAUUUUCUUGUAUGUUUUUAUUUAAAUUUUGUUUUCUUAAAAAAGUAUAGAACAUUAAAAUUCAAUGAAAAAUAAAUAGAACUCAGGGUUUAAACAUUAAUCUUUAACAAAAAAAAUAUAUUUAUAUAUUUAUUAAAAAUUAUAACAUUUAUCAGCUUACAAAUCUGAAUGAUCUCAAAACCAUUUUUAAAUGUCUUGAAACUUCAAAAUAAUAAUUCUAACAGUCCAAGUUUAAAUCUCAUAGGCAUUGGCACCAUAAUAUAAACAAGGAUCAUAACUUCCUUCAUUAAUAUAAUUUUGGUCAGUAACCACUGAAUUAUUUGGCAAUACUUGGGCAAAAUAUUGACUCAAUUAUUGCUAAAUACAGAUAAACUUUUUAAAAAGGGAAAGAUUGACGUUUUUUAAACUCCGGGUUUUGCUGAAGAUUUAUGGAAAUAUUCCUUGUAGUUCGUACUUUUAGUCCACUUUCACAAAAAAAAAAAAAACCUAUAGAGCUUGAAAGGUACAUUUAAGGAUUUUCAAAAAGUACCGUUACUUCCAGUCGGAGUUUAAAAUUCAAAAGGCGCAGAAAUAUUUGUAAUGUAAAUUUCGCUACAACGAUAAAGUUUUUUUUCUUUGAAAAGGGAAGAAAUUGAAGCUUUAGUUUUAAAUCUCAAGAAUUUUUGAGAAAAGCUAUCGAACAAAAUUUGAUGAAAUUAAAUUUUGCAUCAGAAAAAUUGGAAAAAAAACUAUGGGCGUCUUAAAAAACUGUUUAGAAGAUCUUAUCGUAGUUUAGUUGUUUGUCGGUCUUAUUUUCUAAGGCUUUUUGUCAAGAAGGUGUCUCUAUAAUUUUAAAACUUAAUCUGAAUACUUUUAAGAAAUUCUGAAUAGAUAUAAUAAAAGUAUUGUUUACUAUUUUAAUUAAUUUAGUAAAUUUAACUUUAAAAUAUUUAAAUAAAUAAGAAAUUUAAUACAAUAAAUAAAAAUAACUAUGUGGCGAACUUUUUGCCCCUUUACAUUUAAAUAAAUGUAUACAGUUUAUUUGUAAUCAUCAAACUUGUAAAAGAAUACAAUCUUUAAAGUCUCAAAUGAUUGCAAUCAUUUGAUUGCAGUUAAAUGAUUGAAAAACAAAAUAAAUUAAUUCUUUUUGCUGCGAAAUGAUUGGUGAUUGAAAAAUAUGAAGUCCUUAACAAUCAAGUCUUCAAUUAAUGCAAUCGUUUAAUUGAAUUAAGUCAAAGACCAAGAAUAUUACAUUUUCAAAAGAUUGCAUUCUUUUACCUUUCGAAUGCACCACAUGUGUCAAAUUUAAAAAAAUUAUGAAAUUACUAAUUUAUUUAAAGUCUGUUCAUAAAAUGUUUUUUUUUUAUUAUUUUAAGGCUCCAAGAACCUCAUUGAUAUCAAAAUAAAUUUUAAAAUAAUUUCCAAAUGUUUCAAGUUCCUAUUUUUAGACUCAUGUCUGUUGCGAAAGUUUCUUUUGAGAGAAUUUUGUAUUCAAAUGUUGGCAAAUUCUUGACUUUCAGCUUAUCAAGAAGAAAAAUCAAUUUCUUUCGAAAACUUGUUCCAAAAACAUUAAAAAAUCGUAUUAUUUCUAUCGAAAAAAUUUCAAAAAUCAAGAAAAAAAAAAAGAAAAAUAUUGUAUAUAAGUAAAAUUAGUAAAUGCUGUAUAUAUAUUUUUUUACAUUGGAAAUGCUUUUUUAUUUUUGUACCUGAAUAUGAUUGGUUUUUGAAAUUUUAUUAUGAUACAAAAAAUAUGAUUUUUCAUAAAAUAUAUAACAACUUUUCAUUGAGAAAAAUAGUUUUUUUUGGAAGCUUUUUGAAGUUCAAAAAUUUAAUUUGAUACAAAUCUGAAAAAAAAACUCUUCAUACAAAAACGAAUACAUUAACAGUAGGUUGUUAUCGCAAGAGAUGAUUACGUCUUCCGAAGGCCAGUAAGAGUCAAGAGAGAAACUUAAAACUUGGAGUUUUAACUCCAAAGAGACUCUUGGAGCAUUACAAUUCAAGACUUUUCAAAAAAAAUGAGGAUCACUUUAAAAAAUAUGAAAUAUUUGUAUGUGUAAUUUUGUUACCUAGUUAACGCACAAAAUUUAAAUUAAUUUAUUUUACUCUUGACACUCGUAUUUUUAAGUUGAAAAGUGUCCUAUGCGAUUGGUCUGUUUUUCAAUUUCUUGUUAACAUUUCGAUUUUUCAAGUGAUUUGGAAAGCCGGAUAUUCAUCAGAAUGGGACAUUUUUGAAAAAAAAAAAUACAAAAACCUAUGAAAAAUGACAACUUAAAGUCUUCGGGACGAUUUUUAAGUCAUAUCAGUCGCUGACUUUUCCAUAUCUUUGUAUAUCUCUUUAGACACUUUUUACAAGUUCUAUAUUCUAUAUCUCCUUCCCUUUUCCAUCCUUACGAGACCAACACCACAUUUUUCAAAGAAUUUUCCCAACAAAACAGCCUUGAGAUUAAGUUUCCAAAUGUCAAUAUAACAGCCAUGGAUUUCAAAAUAGAGAUAUUAAGUCCGAGGGUACUUCGAACUGUCUUAGGAUUAGUUUCAAGUAAGUUUUUCAAUUUUUUGUCGAAAGUUCAACUUUUCAUCAUCUUAUAUUUUUUUAAAAACUUCUCAUGAUAAAACAUCAUCACUAUAAACUUUGUCAUUCAUCAAUUCAUCAAUAUUUUUUAACAGCCUCAAAAUAAAAGCGGAAUAUGUAGGUACGUACAGUUGUCCAAAAAUUAUAUCUGUAGAUCAAAAAUACAUUGCUUGCCAAGAAAUUCCCUUUCUAUCUUUUUGUUGUAGUUUACAUAAUGUUGCUUUACUAAUUUUUGUUUGUUUGUAGUUCUAACAUAUUUUUGAAAUUCAAUUCUUCAUAAGCACUCUUAAAUUGCGUCCACUCCCAUUUUUGAACGAAAGUUUUAUUUAUUUAUUUAUUUUUGUCAGUUCUUUGUCCACAAAUCCAGAUUUAAAGUAUUUUACCCAAAAUUUCAAAAAAUCGUUUCCACAGGGAGGAUAAAAUGAAUGAUGGCUUAAUUAUUUUAUUUUUUUUUAUAUAUUAUGUUUUAGAGCGUUUUUACUGUUUAUUUUCUGUUGUAUUGGAUUUCCUUGCUCCAUAGAGUUUUUCUUUUUAUUUAUAUCUUUUUAAUAAUAUGAUGUUUUUUAACGAUGUCUUCAACUCAAAAACUAUUAUUUGAAAUUCCAAUAAGUCGAAAGAAAUUUUGAAAAAAAAUUUAAUAUACAUUUUUGCCGUGCUUAUUCGACUUAGAGGGUUUCUACUAUACAAAAUUAGAAAAAAAAUAUAAAAUAGAAAAAAGAAUACUAGCAUUUAUUCUUAAAAAUUAUCGGGGAAUGUUAACUAUGAUUCAAAAAAAUAAUAAUAAUUGAUUUUGUACAUAAUUCACGUACUAAAAAUAUUUAUUCAAAUAGACGUGCAUAUUUAAAUCCAUUCCAAAAAUAAACAUAAUAAUUAUGAAAUCAUUCAAAUACGCAAAUUCAAUAAUUUUGAAAUAUUUCAAUAUUUAUAUUUUCAAUACUUAAACAAUUUUAAAAAUAGUCAAAAUAUAAAAAAAUACAUACAAAUAUAAGUAAACAUAAAUAAAAUAAAUGUAUGAAAUAUUCAAACAAAAAUAAUAAAAGACGAUAGACAUUCAGCAAAUAGAUUUUAUUCUGAAACUUCACCUUCACAGCAAAUAUAAAAAUUUGUUUUAUUACACAAAAAUAUAUAUAAACAAUGAUAAAAUAGACAAAAACGAUAUUUCACGUUCCUUAGUAGACAAAAAAUAAAACAUAAAUUUAACCAUGAAAAUUAAGUAGAAAUUCAAAUCUCUAUAGUUUCUAAAAAUUAAAAAAAAAUAUAUAGAAUGUGUAUAUUCAAAAUAUAAUGAACACUUAAAUACUCAAUAUAUAUAUCUUACAAGAAAAAAGAAGUAAUACAGAAAACCAGAUUAACUAAACCAAUUUUAAAAUAGAAAAAUUAAUAAUUUAAAAUCUAAAUAAGUUUCUAAGGAAGCAAUACUUAAAAAUUACAGAUUUAUUAAAAAAAAUAUUCACUAUCUAAAUAUUAUGUACAACUUCAAAUCUUUAUAAAAACCAAAUACUAAUAUUCCUUAUCGCAAAACAUGCAAUUUUUAAAUUAAUGAAAACCAGAUUGAAAAAAUUAUACUGUAAUACAUAUUUGUUACAUAUGGAAAAAUUAUUCUAAUUAUAAAAAAAUGUUUAUUUAACUUAUUAAUUCCUCCUCAUAUAUUUCACUUAAAAAUUAAUAAAAUAGUUUAAAAUAUAAACAACAAUUAUUCAAUAUGAUAAAAUAUUCGAAUUCAAAUAUUUCAAAUAUUCACUAAAAUCUUAAAUUAAAUGUAUGUAUUAUUAUAAUUAAUCAAAAAGUAGAAAAUUAAAGUAGCGAAGAGCAUAACAAGCAACAAAAUUGUUAUUUUUUCAAAAAAAAACUAAAUUUUGGAUUUUUGAUUUCUGAAGACGAUUUUGAAAUGAAAUGGAAGUGUGGGAAUGAAGAUUUUUCUUAAAUUAGUAAUUUUGAUUAUUGGAAGGGAACAUUUAAUUUAUUUUUAUUCUAUUUCUUCACAUUUUUAAUAUUUUCACAUUUUUUUUAAAUAUUUGAUAGAAAAUAAUUUUGCAUUAAAAUUGUUGUUUUAGUUGUAGAAAUAUGAUUGAUUUUAUUAAAUGUAUGAUCGGUUUUUCAUUUGA